GACCUUAGAAGGAAGGGGUCAGGGGUCAGGGGCCACAACCCGGAAGUGAAGGCAGCUGGGCCUGGCAUGCCCUUUGCUCUGCACCCUGCACAGGGGCUGCAAGGCUGCAAGGACCCCCCAGCGUGGUUUUGGGGCUCGUCCCGCCCCUUGUCAGCCCCUCGCCCAACAUGAUCCUCACCAAAGCCCAGUACGACGAAAUUGCCCAAUGCCUAGUGUCUGUGCCACCCACCAGGCAGAGCCUGAGGAAGCUGAAGCAGAGGUUCCCCAGUCAAUCGCAGGCCACUCUGCUGAGCAUCUUCUCCCAGGAGUACCAGAAACAUAUUAAAAGAACACAUGCCAAGCAUCAUAUGUCAGAAGCGAUUGAAAAUUAUUAUCAGAGGUACCUGGAUGGAGUGGGGAAAGAUGGAGCUGCGCCGGUGCUCCUGGAGCUGGCCAAUGAGGUGGACUAUGCACCGGCUUUAAUGGCAAGGAUUGUCUUGGAGAGGUUUCUGCAGGAACAUGAAGAAACACCACCCUCCAAGUCUGUUAUAAAUAGUAUGCUACGGGACCCUUCUCAGAUUCCAGAUGGAGUUCUCGCAAAUCAGGUCUAUCAGUGCAUUGUGAACGACUGCUGUUAUGGCCCGCUGGUGGACUGCAUCAAACACGCCAUCGGUCAUGAGCACGAAGUCCUGCUGCGAGGCUUGCUUCUCGAGGAGAACCUUUCCUUUCUAGAUGAAGAUCAGCUUCGUGCAAAGGGCUAUGACAAGACCCCAGACUUUAUUUUACAAGUGCCAAUUGCCGUGGAAGGGCGCAUCAUUCACUGGAUUGAAAGCAAAGCCUCAUUUGGUGAUGAAUGCAGCCACCACGCCUACCUGCAUGACCAGUUCUGGAGCUACUGGAAUAGGUUUGGUCCAGGCCUAGUCAUCUAUUGGUACGGAUUUAUCCAAGAGCUAGACUGUAACCGGGAGAGGGGCAUCCUGCUCAAAGCCUGUUUCCCCACGGACAUUGUCACGUUGUGCCACAGCACAGCUUGACCCCGAUGCUGCUGGAAGAGGAACCCGAAGGAAAAGGUGACUCCGGAAGCAAUUUCACUUUCCUGCAGCGUAAACUCCGGCAGCAUCUGCCCUGAACUUCAACUGAACCCUUCCUGCCUGUAGUCCCACCACCACCUCUUUAGAUAAAUCUAUCAGGAGUUUCUGUUUUUCUUCAUCCCUGGCUGAUGUGAGCGGCUCAAGACUACAGACACAACCCACUCAUUAUCAGCAUUUCUGUCUCUGUCAAGCAGUUAGUUUAUAGAUAGUCAUGAUCUUUCUUCCUUCCGGAUGGUUUCUCCUUGUAGACUGUACAAAAGAAAAAAUGCGGAGGCCGAAAGGUGUGAUUUUUCAAUUCUCCUCCCAGUUACCAAUCACCCUCUAAUUUUUUUUUCAAAGCCACCUUUCAUUCUUACUCCCUCCCCCUUUCCCUUUAUGUACACUCGCAGAGAGCUAGUGUCAUGUUUCAGACCUGGAAUAUCCAGACCAGCCAUAGACAGUCUAAAGCCAUAAAGUCUGCAGCAUGCCUUCCACUCUCCCCUGCAUAUUCCAGAGACCUUGGGACUGGCCCAGGUUGUAUGCCUGUGUCGGCCAAUCAUUAGAGUUUCCUAAUUUCUAUGGAAGUGAGCCAAGCUGAAAACAAAUACUCAAUGAGAAUUUCCUCCUUUAAUAGGACUUAUUGGAACACCAGACUUUCCAUUUAUCUCAUUUAAAAGUAUUAAAUGCCCUGUGUCUGGAAAAUAGCCUUCUUUGAAUUGGUGGCUGA